AUGUCUUCUGAUAUGAACGCUGCCAAUCUUUCCACGGCAGCGCCGCCUCGGACCCGUGACCGGGUUUUGCGGCAACGCAAACUGCGACAAGAGUUCCCCCGAAAUCUGCCCGCAAAACUUGCAACAAAUGUCCCCAAGCGAAUCUUGGAAUGGCUCUAUCAAUUCUCGCUCAUAAUCUUGAUGAUCAUCACGUUUGGGUUCAUUCUUGUGACUCCACUGGACAUCAUUGUGCAGACUGUGACCAAAAAGGCAGCAGCAGUCAAGUUGUUCAUCAUCAUUGCCGCCUGUGCAACAUUUGUAGUGAUCAGUCUACUAUUCUAUUUUUCGCGGUUGUAUCAUAGUAGAGUCAUGUAUAAUCAGAUCCCGGCCAGAUCGGCAUACCUACCUUUGGAGAAGAACGAUCUCCCGGAGUCCUUGCAUGACUACAUACUAAAAACCCUCCAGCAGUGCGUGGGAGUGGUUAAGGUCAGGGCCGGUCCCUUGGCAAACGAGAAGGAGCUGUUCAAUUACCCAGGAAGAGUUGCGCCCAAAUAUAUCCAACGUCGUAAUAUCGAGUUUGGCCUCCAAAGGGAUUACUACCUUCUUCCAGACGAUCACACAUAUCAAGAUAUUAUUGACAGCAUCGGGCUCAAACUCCGCUUGGAUGGAGUUUUUGCCAAUACGUAUACCAUCCCUCCAUACAUGACGUUUCGUGAGAUCUUCGUGGCUUUAGUGAACUUGCUUCAAGACGGUAACAAACUCUCGAGUGAAAUGACCGGCUAUGCACAACGGGCCAUUCAUAUUUACGAAAAAGCGAAAUUCAGCGGCCAGCUACUACAUAUAGAGGAGAUAGUUGAGUUCUGUGUACAGAUGGAGAAGGUGCUAACACACUGUUUCACUUCGUUUCCGGGAUCCGUCACCGUAGAGAGUUUGCAAGAAGGCGUACGUGAAACGGGCGACUUCGAGUCCCUCGCCGUUCCUGUGUCGGCGAUGGGCCAUAAUCUGAAAUUGAGUGAUGCCAGCCUGUCGUACAGCAGAUUGGCAGAGUACGAUCCAGGCUGGAAAACGCAACCAAAAUUCACAUUCAAAUCUGCUUCUGCAGACGUACUUCCCUAUGAACCAGCUCCGCCCAGAAACACUUUGCAUCGGUUUAAUUCAGAACAACCAUCGAUGUACUCCCAAGCAGAAUCUAACAUUAGUCUGACAAGCUCUGUACUCCGCGUCCCUCAGGGCAAUGCGUCUCACAAAAUUCUGGAUAGCACCCAAUGGGACUAUAUGAACCAACUGAGACGAUUCUAA